AUGGCCAAGAAUCCAAUUCAACAUGGAAGAAAAAAAUAUAUCAAUGUCAAAUUCUAUGCUAUAAGAGAAGCCGAAAAGAAUGCAGAUGUUCAAUUGUUGCAUUGCAGUUAUGAACAAUUGGAAGAUAUUUUGACUAAGGCACUUCCCAGUGCCAAGUUCUUGGAGCUAAGAAGCAAGCUAGGAGUCUUCAAGAAAUUUUUUAAGGAGGAGCAAAGCCAAUACGCUCUUAAAUGGGCCGCUGAUACUCUUGUCACCAAAGGCCAAACCGUUAUUCUGAUCCACGUUUCCCGCGCCACAUCCUCCGUUGCUGCUUCCAGAGGUAGCGAGGCCAUUGUAUGUAACGUCAACAGUACUUCAGCUGCAUCUCCACAUAGACACCAACUUGAUAACGCCACAAAGGAUCUCUUUCUUACCUUCCAUUGCUAUUGCACACGCAAAGAUAUACAAUGCCUUGAUGUCUUACUUGAAGACACUGAUGUUGGGAAAGCAAUAACCGAAUAUGUCUCUUACGCUGCAAUUGAGAACUUGGUGGUUGGUGCAUCAAGGCAUACAUUUAUUAGAUUUAAGUCGUCAAGUACGCCAAGCAGCAUAUCAAAGGGGGCACCGGAUUUCUGUACUGUUUAUGUGAUAUCUAAGGGAAAAAUCUCCUCAGUUCGGAAUGCUUCCCGUCCAACUCCACAUACUUCCCCACUUCUCAUUCAUAUUAUACCUAACAAUCUAAAUCAGGAUGUAAAUCAACCUGUAGAUCAGAUAUGCUCUAGGCGUAUGAAUUUGAGAGACAGGACGUCAAUGAAACCACACAACUGUCAGGAUGAAUCUACCAAGUCGCCAUUUGGAAGACGAGGAAGAGGCACCAGUGGAAUGUUAUGCAUAGACUUCGCAGAAUCAGAUACAGACAUAUCAUUCGUAAGUUCUGGGAGGCCAAGCAGUGCUUGUUCGUCCUCUUUAUACGACUACAUUGACUCAGGUCGAACUUCACGAGUUUCUACCAGUUCAGAUCGUAGCUUUGGAUCCAACCGAAUCGGACUCAAGUUCAUUGACCCCAGUUCACCAGAUACAUCUUUUUCAGAGGAAAGCAGCAGAACAUCGUGUUCAUAUUCAUCUCACAACAUGGAUGAAAUAGAAGCUGAUAUGAGGAGGCUAAAGCUUGAGUUAAAACAAACGAUGGAAAUGUACAAUGCAGCAUGCAGAGAAGCACUUACUGCACAACAUAAGUUAAUGGAGAUGAGCCACUGGAAAAUUGAGGAAGAAAAAAAAUUAGAAGAGGUACAAUUGGCCCAAGAAGCUGCGCUAGCAAAUGCAGAGAAAGAGAAAACAAGAAGUAAGGCUGCCAUGGAAGCAGCUGAAGCAGCUAGAAAAAUUGCAAACGUGGAAUUACAUAGAAGAUCAAGUGUUGAAGUUAAAUCUCUUAAAGAAGCCAAGGAACUGAGGAUGCUAUUGGAUAAUUUAGCCCAAACUGAUGUAAGAUAUAGGAGAUACAGUAUUGAGGAGAUUGAAGCAGCUACGGACUCGUUUUCUGAAAAACAAAAAAUUGGGGAAGGUGGUUAUGGCCCUGUUUAUAAAUGUUACCUUGAUCACACUCCAGUGGCUGUCAAGGUCUUACGUCCAGAUGCAGCUCAAGGGAAAUCGCAGUUUCAGCAAGAGGUUGACAUACUGAGUUGUAUACGCCACCCAAACUUGGUGCUUCUUUUAGGAGCGUGUCCGGAAUAUGGCAUAUUGGUUUACGAGUAUAUGGCGAAUGGAAGCUUAGAAGAUUGUUUGUCUCGAAAAAAGAAUGGUGGUAGGGUUCUGUCUUGGCAACUGAGGUUCCGGAUUGCUGCAGAUAUAGCAACCGGCUUGCUAUUCCUACAUCAGACCAAGCCUGAACCUUUGGUGCACCGUGAUUUGAAACCUGGCAACAUUUUGCUGGACCAGAACUAUGUAUGUAAGAUUAGUGAUGUUGGGUUGGCAAUGCUGGUCCCUGUGGUGGCUGAAAAUGUAACACAGUGUUGCAUGACUUCAGCAGCUGGAACAUUCUGUUAUAUUGAUCCUGAGUAUCAGCAAACAGGAAUGCUAGGUGUUAAGUCGGAUGUUUAUUCUUUGGGGAUCAUAUUUCUACAGUUAUUGACAGGAAGGCAUCCAAUGGGACUUGCUCACCAUGCUGAGCAGUCUAUAGAGAAUGACAAGUUUGAGGAAAUGCUUGACCCAUCUCUCUCUCCCUCUGACUGGCCUCUUGAACAAGCACUCUCCCUUGCCAAAAUAGCACUCGACUGUGCACAACUCAGGCGAAAAGAUCGCCCAGAUCUUGCCAAAGUAGUGUUGCCACAACUUUUUAAACUCAGAGAGUUUGCUGAAGAAAAUAUGGGUCCCAUCAUUUUAGGAGGAGGCAUUAGUAGUUGUAGUAGUAGUGCGGAGCCUUCCCCCAACCACAGUGAACCUUCUGUGCAACAGGAUGUGAUGAGCGACCCAAGGCUUUUAAAUUCAGGAAGCUCAAUGAGUCCACCAAGUCCAUCAACGGCAACAGAGGAAAAUCCUUGAGUGUGUAUAGUAAAUAGACAAGAUGACACUAUAAUUUGAAACAUAGUUUGUUUCGAUGUAAAUGCAGGGGGCAUAUUUAAUCUGUUAUCCAGCCAGCUACGCCUAGCAACAGAUCAAGUUUAAGUUUUCAUUAUUUGUCAUUCAUAAUAAUCUUUGUAUACAAAAAGAACACAUUUUGUUCUAGCUAGGGAUGCAUGUAAAUGAGACCCGUCGUUUAAAUUAGAAAAGAGGGGAUUCAGGGCAAGCAAAUGGGAAUUUAGAAUUUUUGUAUUAUUAUGUAAAUAUGUUAGGAAUUGGAUUGUCUUCGGUUUGUAAGACAACCAUCUAUCUUGUAAUUAUAAUUAUUAGGAAUAGCUAGCUUUGCAGACAA